GGGAGGGGUGUGUGGAGCGGUGCAGGGGCCUGAACGCUUUCCCAUGCUUUGCUCCGUGGCGUGUAACUGUAAUCCCAACACUCCUUACAAGCACUUUGAGACAGACAGAAGGUCGAAGAGUAUUGUUCAAGUUUUGUUCCGGUUUUAAAUAACGAACGGGCGUCACCAUGGGGAAGGGGUGCAUCACGGCCACCAAAUAUUUCCUGUUCCUCUUCAACCUCCUGUUUUUUCUGUUCGGAGCCCUGAUCAUGGGCUUUGGCCUGUGGGUCCUCCUGGACAACCAGAGCUUCAUUGCUGUGUUGCAGGAAGAGUCGAGCACGCUGAAGGUGGCCUCCUACAUGCUGAUCGGCGUGGGCUCCCUCUCCAUGCUCAUGGGCUUCCUGGGCUGUGUCGGAGCCAUCUACGAGAUCCGCUGCCUUCUCGGCCUGUACUUCACUUGCUUGCUCCUCAUCCUGAUCGCCCAGGUGACUGCCGCUGUGCUUAUAUACUUCCAGCGGGACCUGCUGAAGGAAGAGAUGGCUGGUAUUGUGAAUAAAAUCAUGAUCAACUACACUGGGGAGAACAGGACAGCUGACGUGGCCUGGGACUACCUACAAAAGACGAUUAAGUGCUGUGGCUGGACAGGCCCUGGUAACUGGUCGGAGAACGUCCAGAUAAGGAACAGCUCCGUGAUCCUGUACCCCUGCUCCUGCGGUAAUGGCAGUGGUCUGCCGCAGACAGGCCUUUGUGAAUCCUCCACCCCUUCCUUGCCUGUCUACUCCACGGGCUGCAUGUCCAGUGUGGAGGACUGGCUCCUCAACAACUGUGGAGUAAUCCUUGGGAUCUGUAUUGGCGUGGCUGUGGUCGAGCUCCUGGGAAUGAUCCUGUCCAUGUGUUUGUGCAAGAGUGUCCAUCAGGAAGACUACACCAAAGUGCCCAGAUACUGAGACUAUGGAUGGAUACACACACACACGCACACACACACACGCACACACACACACGCACACACACACACGCACACACACACACGCACACAUACUCACAAACUCACAAAACAACACAAUCACUUUUGUAAAGCUUUCCAUCUUCCACACAAAAGCAAGAAUUCAAUUCUGCUCACACCGUGACCUUCCCCCCUCUCUCAUAUCUUUUUCCGUUUCAUCUAUUUUCACUACAUGCUAUGGGACACGUACACACAUGUUUAUUCUCAUUUGUUUGAGAGGAAUGUCCCCCCACCUCCCCCAAUCACUGUUCAGAAAUCAUGCACUCUGCUAUGACGCACUUAUAGAGCUCUUUGUGUUGGUCUUAACAUUAACCAGGAGCAUUAAUCAGUAGCUGAUGCUUGGCAGUGAUGGAGCCUUGUGGGUUUGGGGGGGGGGGGGGGGGGGGGGGGGGGGGUUAUGGGGGCUGAAGGGGCAAAGGGGAAGGGCAACAGAAGGAUGCUAGCUCGGAUCUGUGCUGGAUGGUGCAUGGGGGAUGGGGGUCUAGGAGAGUUGUGAUGAAUCUGUUGGAUUGAGGCCAGGUGCUAAUCCAAAAACAGUUCACCAGCCCAUAGUGUGGGCUUUCGUUCUUCGACCUCUGUGACCAAAAGCUGAAGGCGUUUUCAUCUCUACCUGCUCCUCCUAAAAUCCUCACUCUGUACCAUCCACACGAUCUGCAUGUUGAUUUGGUUUGUGUGUGCGUUAGGUUUCUUUUUUUUUUAUUUGAUUGUUCUUGUUUUUUAAUGUCUCAAGAAAAUGUAAAUAUGAUUUUAGUUAGAACUUUUGAGCUUAUUUUUUUCACAGGAAAGCAUCGAGUCUGCUUAUUUUUGUUCAUGAUGACCGUUUAUCUUCGUCUUCCUCUGUGUGAUACGGAGGCCUGGCUCCCAUAGAGCCUCAUCAGCAGCAUGUGGUCAAAAUCUAGCUCUAAGAGAAAUCCUUGUUUUGGCCCCUUUCUUGUCUAUGAAAACACAACGUAAAGUGUUGCCAGUUUGGCUAUCUGUGUCUGUGGUUCUUUGGCUGUCCUCACCUACUAAUGCUGGACCUAAAGCUGGACCCGGAAUCGAAGCUUGACUCAGACACACCUUAGACACAACAUGUAAGCUUUCUGUUAUGUGGCAGUAAGUCGCAUGAGGUAGUCUAUUGUCCUCUGAACAUGCAGGCAACUACUCCGGGGCUGGCUCCUACGUUAGAUGUUCAUGAUAAAGCAGGUUGAGUGCUCAAACCUGUUUCCAUUUGCACAGUAGCCUGCAGUUACAUCCACUGCCAUGGUUUCAAGCAUUGUGACCUAUUCCUUUUUGUUUUGGUUCCCACCGUCUGAUUCUUUCCAGUCUGUAGCUGGUUUUAGUUUUUUGAUUCAUCAUUGUUUUAAUGUGAUAUAUUUCAGGAAAUAUAUUUUAGAUUCAUCUCAGUCUUGAUGUGUAAGUAAGUACAGUUCUUCAGUUAAUUUUGAACAGUUGUACUUUUGUGUAAAAUAAUGUGAGAUGAAGGCUUUUUGUUUUGUUUUGCUAAAGGGAUUUUUAUAAAGACAAACAUGUAAGACCACAGUUUAAUUUCUGUUAAAUAAGGUUAGCAUUCUAAGAAUUUAGACUGUAAUGCACAUUUGUUUGCAACUGCAGAAUCUGUUGUAAUAAACAUGAUUCAAUGU